AUGUUUUCAAACUCUCAUGAUGUCUCUUCUGAGUUUUUUAACAAUGCAUCUUUCAGUAGCAUUGAUGUGUUAUGGGAAACAACUAAGCCAAAGUCUCUUAUCAUAUUCGGUAUCAUCAAGAACGUAUUUACAAGUUUUGGUUGGCACUACAUGACAUGUCCAACGUGUUUACAUGAGGCUACUAUGGAGAUUGAGCAAUACCUUCCACCUGAUGGUUCUUUUGAUUUUAAGAAAUACGAAAUUUAUCGUUGCUCUAACUAUGAAUGUUUUGAACACAUCAUAAAACCUCUACCGAAAUUUAAGAUCAAAAUUGAAGUUGAGGACGAUAGUGAUUCAACUCAUCUUAUAUUAUUUCAUGAUCAAGCUAUACAUGUUUUGAAUAAGUCUGCUGAUGAAUUGCUAAAAGAGAAUGAAUCGAUCGGUGAUUAUCCGACGUUUCCAAAGGAGAUUAAGUCUUUGGUUGGGAAGUUGUUUGCUUAUAAGAUUCAAGUUACCCACGAUAAUAUCGAAAAAUUUGAUGAAGUUUAUGAUAUCACUGCGAUAAGCAACGAUUAUUCUGUUAUUUCCCAUGUUAAAAAGAGCCUUUUGACUGCACAGGAGGAGAAUAUCGCAAAAGGUAAACGUAAUCUGUAUGAGCUGUAUGACAUUGAUCCAACAUUUCCGAGUUGUUCUACAAAGCGUAAGAUCGAUGAAGAAAAGAUGAGAAAGAUUUUGAUUGAAGUCUACAGAACUCGGUUUUAG